AUGAGUUUCCGGAAGUUUACACGCCUAGCCACAGUGGCGGCUGUUUUCCUCACUGCUUACCUCUUGCUAAGCCAAACAGAUUUGGUGUACGUCUACCAAGGCCAGGAAUGGCGGGCAUGGAAGUACACGCCGAGUAGCUUCGACUGGCGGAAGCGACCUCAUACACACCCUGUCGACGAGGCUACCAUGACGCGGCUACCAGAGGGAAACCCUCGUCAACUGCCUCGGAUUCAACACAAGUUCUCAAAGGAUGAGCUGAGCAAGUCUCAUAACGAGACCCAGAGGGAACGCCGAGAAGCCGUCAGGAACGUCGCCAAAAGGUCAUGGAGAGCUUACCGCGAUUACGCCUGGGGUCGGGACGAGGUUGCUCCUCAGACCCUAGUCGGACAAGACACCUUUGCCGGGUGGGGGGCAACGCUGGUGGACUCGCUGGACACGCUCUGGAUCAUGGGCAUGAAGAAGGACUUCGGGGACGCCGUCCGGCACGUCGCCACCAUCGACUGGAACAACGCGACAUCCUGGGACUGCAGCCUCUUCGAGACUAACAUCAGGUACCUGGGCGGUCUGCUCUCGGCCUACGACCUGAGCCAGGAGAAGGUCCUGCUUGACAAAGCGAUCGAGCUGGGGGACAUGCUCCACGCCGCGUUCGACACGCCGAACCAUAUGCCCGCAAACGCCUUUCAUUUCCAAACCGCGAAGGAGGGCAAGUUGGUGGCUAGUGGGCACGAAUCCUCUGCCGCGGUUGGGUCCCUAUCAUUGGAGUUCACCCGGCUCUCUCAGCUAACGGGCGACUCCAAAUACUACCACGCUAUCGACGGCAUCAAGAAGGAGCUCGAGAGGACGCAGGACACGACCAGCCUCCCCGGCAUGUGGCCCAUCUUCAUCAACCUCCAAAACAACUUCUUCACCUCGGGCACCUCCUUCUCCCUCGGCGCCUCCGCCGACUCCGCCUACGAGUACCUCUCCAAGAUGCACGCCCUGCUCGGCGGGCUGGACCCAACCUACGAGAAACUGCACACCAAAGCCAUGGCCACGGCAGCCAAGCACGUGCUCUUCCGGCCGAUGCUGCCGGACCCGGCCCCGGACGUGCUCUUCCCGGGCACGGUGCUCUCCAACGGGCUAAUCGCGGAGCUGUCGCCCGAGGUGCAGCACCUGGGCUGCUUCGCGGGCGGCAUGUUCGCGCUCGGCGGGCGGCUCUUCGCCGACGAGGCCCACGUCGCCAUCGGCGACCGCCUCGCGCGCGGCUGCGCCUGGGCCUACGCCGCCUUCCCCACGGGCGUCAUGCCCGAGACCGCCGUGCUGAUCCCCUGCCAGCCCACACCCAAAGAAGGCGGCAGAGACGACAAGGCCAAGUCUAACCCUAAACCCAAAGACAACCUCGCCCCCUGCCCCUGGAACGAGACCCGGUGGUCCGCCGCCACGGGCGAGCGGGCGCGGACGCAGCAGCUGCCGCGCGGGGUGGCGGGGCUGAGCAGCACGCAGUACCUGCUGCGCCCCGAGGCGAUCGAGAGCGUGUUUGUGCUGUACCGCCUCACGGGCGCGGCCGACCUGCUGGACACGGCGUGGGACAUGUUCGAGGCGAUCCGCAAGGCGACAAGGACCCGCCUCGCGCACUCGGCGAUUGCGGAUGUGAGAGCUACGGGCAAGACGGCGAAGCUCGAUUUGAUGGAGAGCUUUUGGAUUGCGGAAACGCUCAAGUACUUUUAUCUCAUCUUCUCGGAGCCGGAGCUCAUUAAUUUGGACGACUAUGUGUUUAAUACGGAGGCGCACCCGUUCAGGUUGCCGAAGCCGGAGGGCGAGAGUCUCGAGUAG